AUGGCCCGGAUGAAGGAGCGAGUGCGGGUGUGCGUGUGCUGCAGCGGCUGCUUCAUCUGCUUGAUCAUCAUCAUCAUCAUCAUCAUCUGUAGCAGGCAGCAGGGGUGCACGGAGGGGAGCUUCCCAAAAGCCGCUGUGGCUGCUGAUUCAUUAACGUGUUCCAAUGUGGGAAGAGAUAUCCUGCGCUCAGGUGGUUCAGCCGUAGAUGGCGCGAUAGCUGCUCUCAUAUGUACAUCAAUAAUCAACCCACAGAGCAUGGGCAUCGGAGGAGGAGUAAUAUUCACUAUCAGAGAGAGCAGCGGUAAAGUGAAAAUCAUAAACGCAAGGGAACGAACACCAGAAAGAUUUAAACCAGAUCUGCUGUCUGAUUGCUCCGAAAAAACAGGUGUGAAGUGGAUUGGUGUACCUGGUGAGAUUCGGGGUUAUCAGCGUGCUCAUCAGCUUUAUGGUCAUUUACCCUGGUCCAGUUUGUUUGAGCCGACGAUUCGGCUGGCCAGAGCUGGAGUCCAGAUCUCCCCCCUGCUCUCACGCUUACUUUUUGUGUUAAAUGGAACAAAUUCACCCCUCAGGGAGUUAUUUUCAGAUCCAGAGGGGAACCUGUUGAAGUAUGGGGACACGGUGAGGUUCCAGAAGUUAGCAGAUACCCUGGAGAAGGUUGCUACUCAUGGAGCAGAUGAGUUUUAUACUGGAGAGAUCGCUCAUGCUCUGGUCACUGAUGUACAAGCAGCAGGUGGAAAUCUCUCACUAGAGGACCUGAGGUCGUAUGAAGUUACUGAAGCCGAUGCCUGGUCCAUUCCUCUGGGAGGCGCCACCCUCAGCUUUAUUCUCACUGUCAUGCAGGGCUUUAAACCAAAUCCAGCGUCUUUGCGAGGAGACACGCGCAUGCUUACGUAUCAUCGCUACGUCGAGGCGUGUAAAUUCGCCAACGGACUGAAGAGAUUUAUGAAAGAUCCAAAGUUCGGCUCCGAGAAGACUAAACAAAAAGCGGCAGCCAUCAUUACAGCGGGUUUUGCUGAUCAGGUGAGAAUGAAGAUCUGGGAUAAUAUGACCCAUGAUGCUCAGUAUUACAGCGUUACUCCCCACACAGACUCACAGGGUACCACUCACGUGUCGGUGCUGGCUGAAGAUGGAAUGGCCGUCUCCGUCACCAGCUCCAUCAACUUCAUAUUUGGGUCGAAGGUUUUGUCUCCUAGGACAGGAAUCCUUCUGAACAACCAGCUCGCCGACUUCUGUGGCCAGACUGACCAGAUAAACCCGGGUGAGCAGCCCCCCUCCUCGAUGUCUCCGUCGAUCCUGUACUCACCGAUGAAAAAACACACCUUGGUUAUCGGAGCUUCAGGGGGCAGUAUGAUCACCACGAGCGUGGCCAUGACUCUGAUGAACUACCUGUGGUUCGAUAAAAGUCUGAAAGAUUCCAUCGACUCUCCUGUCGUAUUUGUGGAUGGAGAAAACGCUCUCAAGUUUGAACCUAAAUUUGACCAGGAUGUAGUCCACAAUCUGCAGCGACUCGGCCACACCGUAAAGACGGUGCCGUAUUUCUAUAACGUGGUGAACGCCGUGUCCAAGCACGAAGGAGAGUGUGUGACUGCAUAUUCCGAUACACGCAAACUCGGAAAAGCUGCAGGAUACUAAACCAAUCUACUGCAUGACUGCAUGUUCAGCAUUAAAAUGAGGAUGAUCUAG